UUUUAAGCUUCAGUGUACAACUGACAUUUGUGCGCAACACAUCCAAUUAACAGUGAUUUUAUAUUUAAAUAACAGAAAAAAAUAAUCGCGAAUACUAAAAAGAAUCAAAAUUAUAAAUUCGUCCAAAAAUGGGACGAUAUAAGCAAAAGUAUUUGUACAUUUCACUUAUUCUCAUUGGUUUGAGUAUUUCUUCGGCCGAAGAAUCAUCAUCAUCAUCAUCAUCAUCACCAGAGACUCUUGAGUUAAGUUCAUCACUUGGAAAAUUGAAAGGUUCAUUUAUGACAAGCAGAUUGGGAAAAAAAAUUUAUUCUUUUCGUGGUAUUCGUUAUGCAGAACCACCUGUGGGUCAACGUCGAUUUCAGCCAGCUGAACCGGUAAAACCAUGGACAGAAGUUUUUGAUGCUUCCGAAGAAGGACCGGCAUGUCCUCAACCGGAAACUAAACUAAUGUCGGAAGAUUGUCUUCGAUUGAAUGUUUAUACAAAUGAGUUACCUGAUCAGGAUAAGGAAGUGAAGAAGCCAGUUAUAGUAUUUUUCCAUCCAGGUGGCUUCUAUGUUCGAUCGGGACAAAGUGAUCUUGAAGGUCCGGAAUAUUUAUUGGACAAAGAUAUCGUUUUGGUUACAGUUAACUAUCGUCUUGGUUCCUUAGGAUUUAUGAGCACUGGUGAUUCUCUUCUACCAGGAAAUCUUGGACUCAAAGAUCAAGUUAUAGCUUUGCGUUGGGUAAGGGAUAAUAUUAAAGAAUUUGGUGGAGAUCAAAAUUCCGUGACAAUUACUGGGUAUAGUGCUGGAAGUUGGAGUGUUUCUUUACAUUUGGUAUCGCCAAUGUCUAAAGGAUUAUUUCACAAGGCAAUUGCAAUGAGUGGAUCAGCCAUUUAUCAAAAACCCCUUCCCAUGGAGCAGAAAAAUUUAGCUACCAAGCAAGCUGAAAUUUUAGGCUGUCCAACUGACACUGUUGGUAAUAUGUUAAUUUGUAUGAAUACAAAAACAGCCGAAGAGUUCGCUAAUUCUUUACCACACUUUUUCGAGUGGCACGGUGAUCCAAUUUUAGUAUGGACCCCGGUAGUAGAACCGGAAGUUAAUGGAGUUGAAAGAUUUCUUCCAGACGAUCCGGUGAAAUUGAUAAGUGAGGGAAAUUUCUCACAAGUUCCGUUCAUUGGCGGAUUCAAUAAAGAUGAAUUUGGUGGAGUUAUUUUAUUGCCGAUAUCAGAGGCAAAGAAAGGAAAUAAUUCGCUUUUCGACGAAUGGAAUACAAAUUGGGAUCAUAUUGCACCUAUUAGCUUCCUAUAUGAGAGAGAUACAAACAGAUCGAAAGAGAUUAGUAAGGAAUUGUAUGAAUUUUACAAUCACAAUAAACCAAUUGAUCUUAAUAAUCUUCAAGGCAUUGCCGAUUUGUACUGUGAUGGUGUAAUUGCAUAUUCUGAACAUCGUCUUGUGAACUUAUUAGCUUCCUCCUCCAAGAUGCCUAUCUAUUAUUAUCAUUUUAUGUACCAGGGAAGAUAUAGUCAUGUGGUUGAUCCUGAAACACAAAAACCUUAUGGUGUUUCACAUCACGAUGAUUUGAUGUAUUUAUUUUACAUUAAGAAAUUUCCAUUCUUUAAAGAAGACGAUCCAGAAAUAACAACAGUCGAGCGAAUGACAGCAAUUUGGGAAAAUUUUGCUAAAACUGGCAAACCAAUUCCCGAAGAGAAUGACUUAUUUAAAAAUGUGACGUGGGAAAAAUUCACUUCCGAUAAUAAACGUUAUUUAGAAAUAAGCAAUGAGCUUACUAUGAAAGAUGGCGUUAUAUAUCCUGAAAGAAUGAAUUUGUGGGAUAAACUUUUUCCAUUAUAACUUAAAAAUUAUUCAAUAAUAUUAAAUUCACCUUCACUGAUAUACUUUUUACAUUUAAUAAUUUAAUUGUAUCGCUUGUGUAUAUAUUGUUUUAUAUUUUCGAUAUAAUAUUAUUUGUUAUGUAAAAAAAAAAAAAUAUUUUAUAAUAAUAGAUAAAAGAAAGUUAAUUUUUCACUCUUAAUAAAUGAUAAUUUUAAUAAAAAUAAAUUAUCCAUAAUAAUAGAA